CGCAACUUUGCCCCAAUUUAACCAUGUUCGUAUCUAUUACGGUUUCCGCGAUACCAAUGCUUGUACCCCGAAUUUGUAGCACACUGUAUGCCGGAUGCAAAACCUCGGGUAUUUAGCCAAAUUUCAAUAUACAGGGUAUUUGACCAUCUCUGAUGGUAAUCCGCUAUGCUUAUGUCAAUCGCGUCAAAGGAAUGUUCGAUUUAGUCCGGCGACUAGUUUGACGAAUACGUAUACCGAAUCGUUUACUUGUUCAUGGCUAUUUUUCUAUGUUAUAUUCGUCGGCUUAAUCGGAAAAUGUCGUAAGUCCAUAUUUUUUGGAAAAUAACAUUUUUGCGCCAUCUGUUGUGUUAUAACCAUAGCUACCUAUUUAGUAAAUAUCGGAUGUCCAGGAUAAAAUUUAGUGCGCAGAAACCUGUAUCAAAAUUUUGACGUAAGUCCACCCUGCGCAAAAUGUGUUAAGAAAUUGUCGUAAGUCCGUCAGUUUAAUGGCGUACGUGCAUCGUUCAUGAAAAUACUUGUCAAUUUUAGCUUUAUCUGUGUUUUUCUCUUUGAAUUCGGUCUAGAAAGUGUCUAUUAUUACGUAAGUAUAAUGGACAAGUUUAUAUUGGGUCCGAAGCUAAAAAUUCCACCUGUUUCUUCUCGUACCAUGUUGAUGAUGCAACAAGUUUCCGAUUUACCUGAAAUAUUUACUAGCCCUUCAACAGUACAAAAUGAUAACUAUGGGACCGUGUAUGAUAAAAUCAUAGAAAAUGAAAAUAUCGUAAGAACUCAAUCAUGUCAGGAUAUUCUAGAAGCAGAACUCGAGCCAACAACAUCAAAUUCUGCCAAAGGAAAUGGAAUUCUCGGAAAAGAUAAUUCUGGUAUUGACGAGAUUAACACACAAGUUUCAAGGCAACAGGAUCCUGACUAGAUCCAAGAAAGUGAAGAUAGUGAUACAACCGAAGAAGAUGAUAACCUAACUAGUACUGUGACAGAACAAGACGAUACAGAAGAGGAAAGUACAGAAGAAGAACGUUCCAUUUCCAGUAAUAAAAGAAAGAGGCGAAAAAGACGCGAUGUAGACAGGAUAUUUGGAGAGAAAAUAUUAACAAAAAAAUGAGAGAAGAAGGUAAAGAAUACACUGGUAAAAAUAAAACCCACAACGGCUGCAAUUACAAUAUUAAAAGAGAACGAAGAGUAUUAGGUCCACGAUGUGAUUGCAAGAUUUCCACAAAUAAUACUUCAAUACAAUGUUCUAAAUUAACUGAUCAAGACAGAGACCAUAUCUUCAACUAUUUUUGGGAUACUUUAGACUGGAAUCAGAGAAAGAUUUACAUCGACAUGCUAGUAAAAAUAUCAACAACAAAGCGUCAAAGGAAUAGAAAAUUGGAAAACCAGUCAAGAAGCGAUUCAGUGGAAACCAAAAAGAAAAUUAAUGUCCAAAAAUUUCCGUCCAAUUACUCUUAACUCUUUUACUCCCGUUUUUUACAAAAACAGCAAACUUCUGGUUGAAGAAUUUGGAGAUAUGAAAAACGAAGAUAUUUUUGAUGUUUGCAUUGGUUACACGCUCCGUGCAUUUAUAGAAACAAUGGGACAUAAGAAUCACCAUUUCCAGCCAGGAGAAACUUCCAAGAUAGCUAAGUGCAUAGAUCUAGGCCAAAGAAUAGCUGGGGAUAAUAUCGUAAAAUACACUUCGGGAUACCUUCUCUUUUUCUGGAUCUGGACAGAUAUUAUGGACCUCAUAAAACUGAUUAAAAGUGUAAUGGCUUUCAAAACUUUACUUCGACAGAUAUUUGGUGAGAGAGAAAAAGAAAUUAGGGAAAAUUCGCCGACAUCGAAUAUACUAUUAGAUUCGUUAAUACAGGCUGAUAGAAAAGUAUAUACUAAAUAUGCUGCUUAUACCGAUUUCGUUACCUUUGCUUUUGCCGCGGUUGAUACUAGUGGCAAUACUUUAGCAUUCCUACUGACUCUCUUGGGCAUGCAUCCCGACAUUCAGGAUAAAGUUUACAAGGAGAUUUUGGAGGAAAUAGGCUUGGAUCGUGCAAUAGAAGUACAAGAUUUACCUAAAUUAAAAUAUGUAGAAAGGGUCAUUUUUGAAACACUCCGAUUAUUCCCCAUCGCUCCAGUAAUAGGAAGAUAUACUACGAAGGAUGUAAUAUGUGGAACACAAACAAUCCCAAAAGGAGUUAAUAUAAUGAUAAGCAUAUUAGACGUUCAUCGUAAUGAACGAUACUGGACCGAUCCACUAAAAUUUGACCCUGAUCGAUUUCUACCAGAAGAAAUUGCAAAAAGACCAUCUAGCUACUAUAUACCAUUUUCUACAGGACCCCGGAAUUGUAUCGGAAAAACUUACGCAUUGCUGAGUUUGAAAGUUGUUGUCGCUACUGUGGUUCGUCAUUACAGAAUGUCUUCGAACUACAAAUCGGUCGAAGAAAUGGAUUUACGAUCACUUUUUACGAUGAGGACUACACAUAACUUAGACUGUCAAUUAACACCAAGAUGAAAAUAAUGAAUCUUAUUACCUACAUGCAGUAGAAGUUUUUGUAAUGAUAUAUCAAGGAUGUUACUGAUUGCAAGCAAAGAGGAUUUUUU